UUGAUGAAAAAUCUCAUUUUGGGUACAACUCUCAGACAGGUUGUAACUAGAAAUAUCAACAAAUCUUUUUCCACAUCUUCAAAGCUUCUUGCAGCCAAAGUCCAGCAAGCAGCUCCAGACUUCAAGGGCACUGCUGUUGUUGAUGGGGGGUUCAAGCAGUUAUCGUUGGCUGAUUUCAAAGGGAAGUACCUGGUUCUCUUCUUUUACCCUCUUGAUUUUACAUUCGUGUGUCCAACUGAGAUCAUAGCAUUCAGUGAUCGCAUAGCAGAGUUCAAGGCCAUCAAUUGCGAGGUGGUUGGGGUGUCAACUGAUUCACACUUCAGUCAUCUGGCCUGGAUCAAUCUUGCCAGAAAGGAGGGUGGCUUAGGAGGGUUGAAGUACCCACUGCUGGCAGACUACAGCAAGAACAUAUCCAGGGAAUACGGGGUCCUCAUUGAGAAAGAUGGCAUUGCGUUGAGAGGUUUGUUCAUCAUUGACCCAAAAGGAGUGGUCAGACAGUUGACCAUCAACGACCUACCUGUUGGGAGAUCAGUUGACGAAACUCUCAGACUGGUGAAGGCUUUCCAAUUCGUUGAGCAGCAUGGAGAAGUUUGUCCAGCGAAUUGGAAGCCCGAUUCUCCAACCAUCAAGCCAGACCCCACAAAGUCUAAGGAGUAUUUUUCGAAGAACAACUAACGGGCAAACGACAUUAAGUUUUAUAACUAUCAUAAUGGAAAAUGUGAUGAUCUGGUUGAAAUGUUGUUGAUUUGUUAACUUCCGGUUUAGAAAUAUUUAAAAUUGUAAAAUGAUCAUUUUGUUACGUCGCUCUAAAUUAUUUAAAAACUGUUUGUUUUUUUAUUGUAGUACAGUUGAAUUAAUUUGGUUUGUUUUAAAUUUUGUUUU